AUGCAGUCCCAGGCGUCUCCCACAGCGGGCGUUGACAAGGCCCAGCGGUCUGGUGAUCCUGGACUUCCGCCUGUUGUGAUGGAGAAGCAGAUCAAAGUGUCGAAUUACAGCCGCUCCACCGCUGCUGCACUGGCAGGACAGUUGGAUAACUGUGUCCGCCUGCUGCAGGGGCACUGCGCGACGCUGCUUUAUUGCAAUGAGGAAAUCGAGGGUGCGUUGCUGACGCUUGGUGUGCAAACGACACAUAAGUUGAUGUCUUCCAUUACUGGUGUCAUUGAAGGUCUCGAGCUUGUGGCGGGGACGUGCAAGAGUAUGUGUGAGAGUCACUAUGAGGAGAUCCGACAGCGUGAGGACCUCUUCACCUCGCUAUCCAACAUGUUUGUUGCUUUAAAGGAGCGACAGGAGGCCACAGAGCGGGAGCUGCGCACUGUUGUCGCGGAGCGUGACCGCCAGAAUGCCACGUUUGACAAGGCAGUUGCGUAUGUGGAGGCUGUGGUGGCAGAGCGUGCAGUGUGGCAAGAGCAGAACGGCUACAACUGUGCCGGGCUUCCGCUGGUGGAGCGAUCCUUCACGGAACACUGUCACGAGGCUCUUGAGGUGUUCGACGCCAUUCAGCAGGAGACACAAAGCCGAGGGUUAGGGAGCGGUGAACGCCUGCUGUCGCGCACCGACACGCCGGGUACGCUUGUAGGGCGGUGGGAGACGAUUGAGAACAUGCGGCACACACUCAUCGCCCCGUCGGCGCGGUUGCAGUACGUGCCGCCCAAGGAUGAUGUGGCACUGCUGCGCGAAGUGCUGGAGAUAGGCACGGCAAGCCGCGCCCUGCUGCGGGAUGUGCGCGAGGAGCGUAGGGGCCUCGAGGAGGCCAAGAAGAAAGUGCGUGAGAUCGGCGUCACGAGCCUCGCCGCAUUGCAGACUGCACGUGCGGAGCUGGGCUCGUUCAAGGACUGGCUUCUCGACCUCGAACGGCGCGGCUACCCAUUCAACACCUCCAUCGAGUCGUUUCGGGGCAUUGUAGCGGAGAUUGAAAAGAGGAUGGUUAAGCAUGAUUCGAUGGAUGAGGGCGUCCAGGUAGACUCCGAUUGA